UGUAGGGGUACUGUCCAAAGUAAAAUAAAAUUGACCUUGUUAACAACCACAGCAAGCAUCGCCUAUAUUAUCAGGGCUCCGCUCUGAGCUCUUGUAAUUGUGGUACCUUCCCUAGGGAGAGGUUGGUCUGAUUUAUUUCCAUCAAUCCAGUGGAGGGAAUGUUUGAACAUUUCACGUAUCUAAAAGUCGGAAAAUCAGCCCGCCUGAAAAAAGGACUUUUUCUGGAUUCUAUCAUGCACUUUGAAGGGAAGGCAGUUUUCGCUCCUCUACAUAGCUCUGCGUUUCUUUCGCACUCAUGGCCACCAAAAACACCAAAGACCACAGUGCAUAAAUCAAAUCACCGAGUGCCUGCUAUUCACUUGGGAAGCUUUACUGUUUUCUGUCCUUUGUUCCUUUUCUGACCCCUGCUAGGGCCACAGGCCUUGGGCCUCCAGCUAAGUCCCAGGAGUGUGCGUGUGUGUUGGGGGGCGGCCCUGAAAAGUCCCGGAACCAGAAGCGCAAGGGGCGGCGCGGGCGGGGGGGAAGAGAAACGGAGGGACCGGCAGGCCUAGCUUCACGGCUGCGGCGGCGGCGGCGGCGAAAGCAUGGAACCCCUGCGGGUCCUCGAGCUGUACAGCGGCAUUGGCGGCAUGCACCACGCGCUGAGAGAAAGCGGUAUACCUGCACAAGUGGUGGCCGCCGUUGAUGUCAACACUGUUGCUAAUGAGGUGUACAAGCACAAUUUCCCUCACACACCGUUACUGGCCAAGACAAUUGAAGGCAUUACACUGGAAGAGUUUGACAAAUUAUCUUUCAAUAUGAUUUUAAUGAGCCCUCCAUGUCAACCAUUUACAAGAAUUGGCCUACAGGGUGAUAUGACGGAUCGAAGAACAAACAGCUUCUUACAUAUUCUAGAUAUUCUCCCAAGAUUACAAAAAUUACCGAAAUACAUUCUUUUAGAAAAUGUUAAAGGUUUUGAAGUGUCUUCUACAAGAGACCUAUUGAUAGAAACAAUAGAAAAUUGUGGCUUUCAGUACCAAGAAUUUCUUUUAUCUCCAACCUCUCUGGGCGUUCCCAAUGCCAGGCUCCGGUAUUUCCUUAUGGCGAAGCUUCAGUCGGAGCCAUUACCCUUCCAAGCCCCGGGCCAGGUACUGAUGGAUUUUCCCAAAAUUGAAUCUGAACAUCCACAAAAACAUGCAAUAGGUGCAGAAAAUAGAAGUAAUGUAAAGAAAAUUGAAGCUAAUACCUACUUUGGUAGAAGCCCACAGUGUUCUGGCAAAGAUACCAUUCUUUUUAAGCUUGAAACUGCAGAAGAAAUUGACAGGAAGCAUCGACAGGACAAUGAUCUCUCUGUGCAAAUGCUGAAAGAUUUUCUUGAAGAGGAAAUUGACACGAAUCAGUACUAUUUACCACUGAAGUCAUUGCUGCGAUAUGCUUUUAUAUUAGAUAUUGUUAAACCCACCUGCAGAAGGUCCACAUGCUUUACCAAAGGUUAUGGAAGUUACAUGGAAGGGACAGGAUCUGUGUUACAGACUGCAGAAGAUGUGCAGAUUGAGACUGUCUACAAAUCCCUUACCAGUCUGCCACAAGAAGAACAGAUGACAAAGUUGUCAAUGCUUAAGCUUCGAUAUUUCACUCCUAAAGAAAUAGCAAAUCUCCUUGGAUUUCCUCCAGAGUUCGGAUUUCCUAAGAAGAUAACCACGAAGCAGUGUUACCGUCUGCUUGGAAAUAGUCUCAACGUUCGUGUAGUGGCCAACCUAAUCAAAAUCCUUUGUGAAUAAUUUUGAAGUAACUUGGAAAAAUGAUUGUGGUAUUCCUUCUCCUACAGAUUGUAAUUCUGAAAUUCUGUUGUGAAUUAACUCUGAUGAAAUCCAAAUAAAAUAUUUUAAUCUUUCUUUAAUAAGAAAUUUACAUAUUAUCACAAAAUUGUCAAUUUGUUUUAUUAAAUUUAUAUUUAUUUUUUUAUAAAGUGAAAGUUACUGUUUUUGUCUUAUAGAGAAUAUAUUUUCAUAUGAAACUUAAAUAAGUGUAAAAUAUAUAUGUGAUGUGGUAUAAACAGAUUUGGGAACAUGUAAAUAUUAAUGUCUGACUAUUUUAUAAAGUAUCAUAGGCUGUAACAUUUCUUUUCUCCAUUUAAAAGGUCAAAGUGAUGGUCUCUUCUUCAUCUGCAUGUACUUUGCUAUUAUCAGAACUUGAUUUUGCUUCUUCUCCAAUUUUGAGUUACAUUUUUUAUUACAUCCCAAGGAAUGUAGUGUGUCAUUCAGAUUUUAGGGAGGAAAUGAUCUUGUGACCCCAUUCUAUACUGCUAAUUCCUACCCCCCUCUAAUUUUUUUUAUUAUAGUAACGUAUGCUGAGAACUUUUAUAAUGUUUAACUUUCUCCAUCUCUCCUUGUCACAAGCCUUUCUUUCUGGUUUUUUGAAAUGGGUUCUUACUACAUAGUUCAGGUUGGCUUUGAAUUGACUAUGUUGAACUUGCAGUGAUUCUCUUGCCUUAGUCUCUGGAGUGGUAGAAUUAGAGGCAGGUACCUAUUACACCUGGCAUGAGAAGACAUUUUAUAGUUAGGAUUUCUAAUCAGCCUGAGUCUUGUAUCAUCAAUCCUGUGGUUUUUAUUUCAGUGAAAAGGGGAGGUGACAAGAGAAAUGAAAAGGUGCAAGGCUAGAAAUUGUAACAAUAUUUUGAUUCAUAUUUUGUACUUAACAGUCAUUCCUAACUGGAAUCCUACGUGUUGUUGGUGGGAAUAUAGAAUAGAAUAGCUGCUGUAUAAAACAGUCUGGAGCUUCCUCAAAAAGUAAAUGUAGAAUUAUAUGACCUAGCAAUUCUACUUCUGGGUAUAUACACAAAAGAAUUGAAAGCAAGGACUGCAGCAGGUAUGUGUGCAUGAGUGUUUGUAACAGCAUCAUUCACAAUAGCCAAAAGGUAGAAGUAACCCAAUGUCCAUCCCUUCAGUAGGUGAGAGGAUAAAUAAUAUAAUGGAAUAGUAUUUAGCGUUAAAAAGGAGUGAGAUUAUAACACAGGGCAUGACCUGUAUGCAUUGGUACAUUGUGCUAAAUGAAUAAAAGCACAAAUAUUAGAUGUGUGAUUCCAUAUAUGCACACGGUACCUAGGAGACUCAGUUUGUGGAGAGUGUAUGUAGGACGAUGUUUGCCAGAGGUCAGAGCGGGGAGAACAGGGAGUUGGUGUUAAUGGGUACAGAGUUUCUAUUCAGAGUGACGGAAACGUUGUGGAGAUGGAUGGUGGUGGUGGUUGAGUAACUGGGGUGUACUUAAUGCCGCUGAACUGUACACUUAAAAAUAGUAGAAUUGGAAAAGUUUACAAAGGCAAUCAUAUUGUACUAUAAGCUUUUGAAUUCAUAGGUAAACUCAUAGGAGAGCCAGAGGCCAAUAUAGAUGCAUCAGCAAUCAUUAUCUGCAUUUUGUUUAUGUUCAAGGAUAAACCUUAUUACAGGCUUCAUAAAUUUUAUUCAACCUGAAGGCAUUUGGCGCACUUCCAUGUAGGUUCUCUUCACUGCUGAAAGUUUGUCAGUAAAGUGAUUUAUAGUUUAAUUAACUGAUAAUAAUUAUGCUGUAAGUAUAGUGUCUGAUGCCCUAUGGAACAGCAUCAUAUAAAAUAAGUAUUCAGCUCUAGUAUACCAACUAUAAAUACUUGAAAGGUCUAUGUAGACAUCUGCUUUCAAACUGAAAGUCUGGUUUUGUGUAGUUUUUAACUUAUUGAUGUAUUCCUCCACAGACAGGUGCUGAUUCCUAACCUGAAAAUCUAUAUUAUGCAAGCAUAAUGCAUACCUUGAUGAAAGUAUAUUUACCAGUGUUGUUUAAUAACCAGAUGUAUAUAUAAAUACAUCAUUUGUAAAAUGUCAUUUUACUGAAUACUACGUGGCAAUGAAUGUACAUAAAAUUUGCCCCGGAAAUUCUGUUUUCUGAUAUUUGAACUUAACCAUUAUUCAACAUGUUGGAAAAUAUACCCUCUGCUUUUCAAGAGCACUAUAUGUAAUUAAAUCUUUGCCAUGCUUAACAGUAAGUUGAUUUUUUUCAUUCUCCCUUUUUUGCAUCACCCUUGUUCUUUUAAAGAGGUCAUUAGACUAUCCUAAGGUAGUUGUUACCUUGUCUCAUAAGUUUAGUAUGUUUUAAGGACCGCACAUCAAUUAAUGAAAAUUAUUAAAGUAAUGUAAACAAAA